AUGCAAUUUUAAACAGCUCAUCAUCCUCUGUGCAGAUUACAGUAAGCUGUUGUAGCCCUUUCUUCCGAGCGCCGCUUCGGAAGUUUUCAUCUGCGGGGCGCAGAAAACAGCUUGACACUCAUUAAAUCAGUGCUGUUUGAAAUUCACUCAUUUAUUCCUUUCGCCCUGACACCGCCUUAUUGGACAUGCUGCGCAUUUCCGAUAAACUCUGACUUUGCUCCUUAAACAUUUAUGAGUGUAGUAAAAGCAAAUUAGACUCUAUAUGUCUUUGCUCUUGAGUCGUGUUUAAUUAGGGGGCUGAUGCCUGUUAGGAUGUUCAAAAGAAGAAGUGAUUAAGUAGUAUGCAUGAAGACUUUUGAUUUUGAGGUCAAAAUAAGUGAUGUUUUGGGCAUGUUUCCAAAAAAAAAAAGAAUAAUCAAUGUGGCGGAAGCACAUGAGUUAAGCAGGUGAGUCACAGCUGGACUUUUGUCCAGGGUCGGACAACAGUUGAUUAUUUAUUCAUGGAUGUAUCUGAACUGCCCUCUAACUGCACCACAAGGAACCAGAAAUGUACUUUAUCAAUAGCAACACUGAAGAAGGACGACACAUUAACUUAUUUACAUCUAGAAGGCUCUACGUCAGCGCUUUGGACACACAAUGUGUUUGCUCAACGUUUGCAGGAACACAGGAGAGUAGCUGCCAACUUUCUAGAAGUAUUUCACAGUCAUCCUCUCUGUUACUGCACAGCAAGCUCCAGUGAGGAUGUCAAUAUGAACCCAGAGACGGAACUGGCAGUUCCCUCUGAUCAAAACCACACCAAUAACCUGCCCACUCUUCCUCGUCUUGAUCUCCAUUCCAACCCAGACAGUCCUCCUUCAGAUCAGGUUUAUCUUCAGGCAGCAGCCAUUUUCCAGUGGCUGCACGCAGAAAAGCCAGCACCACAUCAUCUAAUGCAACACAAAGAGAAGACAGACACACCCCUGUCAGGGAGUGGAGACAAAAACACACAAAAACAGGCCUUCCAGCUGGCCUUCAGCACCCUCAAAUAUCAAGAGUUACUCCUGGAUGUGAUUUCUAACAGCCGCUUGCAGAAAUGUCCACAUAUGGUGGACGGCGACCUGUUGCCCCUGGCGAUGGUGAUGCUCUUUGACCUCCAGGAAAACAAGUUUGCUCUCCAAGAGCUUUCCCCAAAGGAGGGACAGGAUGUGUUCCAAGAAGUGAGAGACCUGCAGAGGAGUCUUCAAAAGUGCAAAACCAAGCUGGCUGCAAAUCUGGCUCGCUUCAGGGUGAAGCAUCGUUUACGGAGCGUCUCCCGUUUUUUGCCCGACUCUGUCAGGACCAAGCAGACCAGAGCUAAGACCCUGCCGCUGUACGCGUGGAUAAACACUUGCCGGAUAAGUCUUGCUGACAUGUGUGAAGCACUGCAAAGCGCCGGCCUGAUUGAAGCUCAGAACAUAACAGACCUCACGGAGUUUGCCUUCUGCAAGGACCCGCUCUGUCCAGACACUCUGGUCUUCCAUCAAAGCCUGCAGGCUCGACUCCUGCACAGCAGCCUCGCCGCCACACGUCUGCUGAACCUGCAGGACAGAAGUGUGUGUUUGGCAGUCAGAGUUCUGCAGCCUCUGCUGUAUGAAAAAGCAGACGUGCUGGUGGUGGGGUCCUUCUCCGCUCUGACCGUGGCUCACAUCGCCACUGUGGCUGCUUCCCGCGUGGGCCGAGUGCUGGUGUGCGGCACCGAUCACACGGCGUCUCAGGUGAAGGAAAUGCAGGAGCUGCUCACCCAAAUGGACAUCCAAAAUGUUCAAAUCCUUUCAGAGUCUUUCUCCAAUCUCAGUGAGUGGGACGCCAGCGCUCAGAUGAUCAGGGUCAUCGCCGUGCUGCCUCAGUGCUCGUCCUCUGCCCUCAACGACCCGGUGCCCACCAUGUACAGUGAACACGGAGACUGGACUCUACUGCCAGGAUUGUCCCAGGGUUCUGUUUCCUCCAGCAAAAUGCUCUCCCUGACUGCCAAACAAUCAUGGCUGCUGGGUCAUGCGCUCACCUUUCCAAAGGUCCAGACUGUGCUGUACUGCACACGCUCAGUGUAUCCUGAGGAAAAUGAAGAUCUGGUGAGGAAGGUUCUAGAGAAAACCCGCACUCCUCCCAAACUGCUGCCAUUCAGAGUGAGUGGUCCGAUUUUUCCGGAUGAUUCCCCACCGGGAGCGGCAGCCGACCCCAGGUUCUUCAGACUCGCACCCUCUCAUCUCACCAACGGAUGCUUCAUCGCCAGAAUAUCACGUCAGGCCGAUCCCACAAAGGUUGAAACAGUCCAGGAUGUGUUGGCAAGAGCAGCUGCGAAGGGCCUCCUGGGCGGCAUCAUUCCUGAACCGCCAAGAGGCCGUAAAAAGGGGAAAAGCAAGAAGACUCAAGCUGCUUCAUCUACAAGCAAACCGUCAUCCCCAUCCGAACAGGAGAAGCGGGAGGGCGAGGAUUAUGAAAAUCCAACCUCAGAACAGGGAGAGGAGAUUCAGCAGGAAGACUUGAGGGAUGAUGGGGAAAAGGGGAAGGGAGAAAAGAAGAAAAAGCGUAAGCGGGCGGGAAAAAAACAAACCAGAAAAGCAGACUCGGUCCAAAAGAAGUCUACAAAGAAAAAAGGGAACCAGUCGCACAAUAAGAAGCCCAAACAAAUACCCCGUCUCACGCUCGCGUCAAUCUCCUCAGACAAACCCUCCAGCAGCUUGACUCUGAUCACCGCUCUCGCACACAAGAUCAGCGGGAAUCCAGCAGGUCAGACAGAGCCGGGCUCAGCUGCUUCCAUCACCUCUGCGCUCAGGAGGCCAAACGUUCAGCAGGCAGGAGCAGAAACACUCAAGGACUCCACCAAACCCUCCAGACAGGAGAAAGCUGCAGCAACACAGGGGGCAGUGAGGCCUAAAGACCACGCUCUACCACCCAUUUCCUGCCUCACCUCCUCCUCUCAGUGCAACAGGAGCAGAAGUUCUGUCUCUCCUCAGCCUGCAAGCACCUCAGCAUCCGUAUCCUCAAUCUCUCUGCCCGACAUUUAAAAAUGCAGAUUUAUUUUCUUUAUUGAGAGGUUCUACUUUUUCUAAGACUCACGUGAACAAAAUACAUUUUAACAACUAGAAAUAUCAGAAUUCAUGUGCCAUAGUUUAUAUUUAUAAACAUAAAUUACAUGUACUGAAUGUGUAAAUACAUGUGAAAAAAAUAAAAC